GAUAAAUCCGCGGUCACACAGCGCUAAGAGUUUCGUGCGGACGAAUUUUUGAGCGAAAAUAUGCAAAAUAAAGUGAAAUACUUGUGCACCGCACAAAUAAAGCGCGCAAGCAUAGCGUCCGCCAGCCAAUAAGCCCGAUCGACCAUAUUAACCCCCAAAAAGUGACCCGCUGCAAACAGGGAAAAGCAUUAGAAUGGCAAGAAAGUAUGUUUUAAAGCAAAUUCCACAAAAAGGUGCGUGAUAAAUGCAACAAACUGUAAGCCAGAGCGAGCGAGCAGGCAACUACACCAACUGCAUGUGUUGUGUCGUCGUGUGUGUGAUAGAACGCGCCUGAGUGUGUGUGAUAGAAAGAGAGAGAGAGCGAGUGUGUGUGCAGUGGAGUGGGAAAGAAGCACGAUAAAAAGAAACGCCAAGAAGUUUGCCAUCAUCUCUCUCUCCAUUCGCUGAUAAAGCAGAGAGAAAAUACACCGCACACACACACACUGUGAUACACGAAUCGAGUGGAAAAUAGAAAAACAAUAAUCUGCAAAAGAAAAGCGGGAGGAGCGGAAAGAAACAGUAAAGUGUAAAGAUCAAAAAUCGAAAGUGUGAAGCAUUUUUCCUAUAAAUAGUGCAUACAAAAAAACACACAAAUUACCAGUGAAAAAAGUACUCAAGAAAACCGCAAAUAAUCAUCAAUACACCGAAUAAUCCCUAUUGGAACACGUCUCGGAGUCCGUCCAACACAGCCAGCCAGCCCCCAGCCGCAUCAUGUCCACCCUGGACGCGCGCAACAACUCGGCCAUGAUGAAGCGGGCCGAGCAGCUAAAGCGCUGGGAGGAGUCGGACACCAACCGGGCUGCGCCCACGCCCCGCGCCGAGAACGGUCGCAGCAUCAAAUUCAGCUCCGGCUGUGUCUUCCUUGCGGCCUGCCUCUCUGGCGACAAGGACGAGGUGAUCCAUCUGCUCGACCAGGGCGCCGACAUUAAUACUGCCAAUGUGGAUGGCCUCACGGCCUUGCAUCAGGCCUGCAUCGAUGACAAUCUCGACAUGGUUGAGUUUCUGGUGGAGCGUGGUGCUGACAUCAAUCGUCAGGAUAACGAGGGCUGGACGCCGCUGCAUGCCACAGCCUCCUGCGGGUUUGUGAGCAUAGCUCGUUAUCUGGUGGAGAAUGGUGCCGAUGUGGCCGCCGUAAACAGCGAUGGGGAUUUGGCCCUGGAUCUGGCCAUCGAUGUGCAGCACAUGGCCAUGAUCGACUACAUGGAGAAGAUCGUCCGAGAGCUGAACAUCGAUGUGGAGCAGGCGCGCAAGGCCGAGGAGCAGGCGAUGCUGAGCGACGCCAAGAAAUGGCUGCGCAGCGAUGCCGCCGAGGUGGACAGGCCGCAUCCGAAGACAGGGGCCACGGCGUUGCAUGUGGCCGCCGCCAAGGGCUAUACGAAAGUGUUGAGCCUGCUGCUGGCGGGACGCGGUAAUGUUGAUCGUCAGGACAACGAUGGCUGGACGCCGCUGCAUGCCGCCUCACACUGGGGCCAGCGGGAGACUUCCGAAAUGCUGGUCGAAUCCCUGGCCGACAUGGAUAUACGCAACUAUGCGGGACAGUCCUGCAUCGAUGUGGCCGACCGUAAAAUAGUCAAAUUCCUGGAAGAACUGCGGGCCAACAAACGCAACAAGCGGCGUCCAUCUAGUCAAAUCAGAAUCUCAGAUGAUAUUGAAAAUCAUGUGGAUAAGACACCCACCAAACUGGUGCGCGUUGAAGUGAGAACUGAUGCCACAAAGGAUGCUGCCAGCAGUUCGAACUGCGCCUCCAGUAGUGAAGCUUUGCUUCCAAUCGAUGAUGAUAAUGAUGAUGAUGCUGUGGCCCACGAGAGCGAUGCCGAAGAGCUGAGCGAUUCCACGGAAUCCUCACACACCACUAGUCUAUCUGGCGAGAGCGAAGCCGAGAAUGUGAAGCCCAAUCAACAGCAGAUCCACGCCGUCGAGCAUCCAGUCGAGGAAGAGGCACCCUGGCGACGCAAGAUGCCACGCGUACCCAACGACAGUCCCACUAAUAAUCAAGUUCCUGAUAGAGAGCUUAGCAGCAAUAGCUCGGAGAGCGCCAACGAUGUCAUAUUGCGACGCACCCAAAGCUUUGAGAAUGAUCAAAAGAAACCGACCGUUACAGUUGCCACGCCCACAAGCACAGCAGCCACAGCAACUACAACGCUCAUCAGUUCACCAUCGACGAAUGUACUGACCCCACCAAUACGCAGCCAAGUUACAGGAAAAACCACUGCCCAGAGCAAUAAUGGCAGCUCCUCUACGGCCAGUGCCAGCGAUGCGGAGAGCGCCAAGCCACCGCCCAAGCAAUCGACGGGCAAUAUAAUCAAGAAUUUCUUCAAAUCCUUUGUACCUCCCGUGCGUGACGAAGAGAGCGAAACACAGCGCAAAGCGCAUGCCAAGAGAGUUCGUGAGACGCGUCGGUCCACCCAGGGUGUUACCCUGGACGAGAUCAAGAGUGCCGAGGAGUUGGUCAAGAAGAAGAACAUGGGCAUGGCCAACAACAACAAUAAUAACAACAAUAACAUCAACAGCAGCGGCACCAACGAAACAAGUGAAACAGCGGCAUCGGCAGCCACAGCAGAACCAUCAUCCAUCAGCGAUGAAAGCCAGCAAGAGCCGCAGCCGCCACCACCGCCCACCACGCCACCGCCAGCCAUAAUACCUACCAGCGACGAGACGGAGAUCGAGACCAUUCUGGCCCCCAGUCCAGUGCAAAGUGCAAACGACACCACGGCCAGCUUCACCCUCUCUGCGCCGUCCAGACGCUCUCUGGUCGUCGAUGACGACGACGGCGAUGGCGAUGCCGGGGGUGAUGUCGAUGAUCCAGAGGCAGUGGUCAGUGCCAGCUACACGAUAGUCUCGCGGCGGGACAAGAUCUCCGACAGCGCUGAGAGUGAGCAAGAGCAGGUGGAAUCCAACAAACAAAAGACUGACGAGCAGCAGGCGGAGAGCGAGCAGCACAAGGCGAGGCCCACAGAUCUGCCACUGAGUGCGGCCCCGACUGAGGCCAUCAAGUCAUCCUCCUCGACCACGCCCGGUUCGCUCGAGAGUCCAGUGCGCUUGCGGGACAAGCGUGGCCUGUCUGGCAGCAGCCAGGAGACGGAUACCAAGUCCGACACCGCCUCGCCCGUGUUGGCACAUCCGGACUUUAAUGCCCGCGACUCUCUGCUCAGUUUGUAUGCACGACGCACAACGGACAGCAGUGGAGGAUCAGCAGCAACAACAGGUGGUGCUGGUGGUGCGGGUGGAAGCUCCACAUCAACAUCGACAGCAGAACGGCGUCCAUCUUGGCGCCUGAAAUUCGAUGCCGGCUCCAAGUUCAAGCUGGAGGACAUCACCGGCGGCGGUACAUAUCCGCCCAACAACAGCACUAUUAUACCCAGCGCCCCGGCGGUAAUGGCCGCUGCCAAUCUGUCGACCACAACUGGUAUCCAGCGACGCAUCAGCAGUGGUCCCAAUGCCCUCAACGCUUCCAAUCAGUCACUAAACUCUGUGGGUCGCCCCAUCUCUGCGCCCAGCGAGAGCACCAACAACAGCAGCGCCUAUGCCGCGCCAGCUUUGCGCAAAUAUGAAACGACAUCCACAGGAACGGGAGCGGGAGGAGCAGCUACCACAACAGCCACCACAACCUCCAAUUCAGUGUCUGCAACCAGUGCCAAUCAUGCAGCAGGAACAGCGGCAGCAACCAAUGCCACAUCCAGCCAUGACGAUAAGGAAAACGACAAGGAGAACGACAAUCGCACACAGACCGUCAUACAGAGACGCCGCAAGCCAAAACGCAGAUCGACCGGCGUGGUGCACAUUGAUAUGGAUGAACUGGAUCCCGAGCGUCAGAACGAGUCGUCCAACAAUGACAAUGAGGACAAGGAGAAGGACAAGGAGAGCGGCAGCGAACGCACGUCUCGCUCCCGACUGGGCAGCACAACGAGUACGGCCGCAACGAGCACGACCAGCAGCGAGUCGAAGAGCAGCGGCGACAAGGCGGAGAACGGCGAUGGCAUUGACUACAAGGCGCUCUGGGAAGCAGCCAAAUUGGAGAACGAUAAGCUGAAGCAAGUGCUCAAGCAGAAGGAUGACGAAGUUGUGCAAACGCGCGCGACACUCGAGAGAUUCGCCAAUGCCACCACUAAAAACUCACUCUCUGAGAUUGAGAAACGUGAACGAAGAGCUAUGGAACGCAAGCUCUCCGAGUUGGAGGAAGAGCUCAAGCAACUCGAUGCCUACAAGUCGGAUAAUCAUCGCCUGAAGGAGGAGAACGCGGCGCUGAUUAGAGUUAUUAGCAAAUUAAGUAAAUGAAAUGAUGUCUCCACUGUAUUGCUGUAUGGAUCGAGGAUCAUCAUCAUCAUCUGUAUCAUUGAGAAACAACCAUUUUUACGUUAUUCACUAGCUGGGAACGGGCUGAAAAAUAAAAAUAAUAGUGGAGAAGAGCAGAGUGAAGAAGAAGGAAAGGUGCGAAAUUCGCUAGAAAGGGGGAAAUUUCAAAAUUUUGUUUAUUAAUUGUGUUAGAGAUAUUUAAGCAUAAGGUGAAACCAUGUUUCCACAAUAUCGUUGAGAAUUGUUUCGUUCGUUUUAUAUAAAGAUAAAUCAUAUGUAUUUGGUCAAAUUUUAUAUACAAAAUAGUGAAAAUUAUUAAUUAAUAAAAUUGCACAGAUCAAGCCUAACUAUAUACAAUGUAAAUCAAUUGUGUAAGGAUCGAGUGGAAAGCAGAAAAGCAAACAAAAAUGCAAAAAACCUUUACAUACAAAACUGAGAACAUAUUCAUCAAAUGAGCCCUAGUUACAGAUUAGUUUAACUACGUAAUACAUAUACAUACAUACAUACAUACAUAUAUAAAUAUAUACAUAAUACAUAUAUAUUUUUUCAUAUAUAAAUUAUAUAUAUACACAUUGCAUAUUAUAUAUAUUUAGAGCAACUGAAUCAUAAGUUCGACAUUUGAAUGUUUAAUAUCAUCGAGUAACCACAAGAGAACCGAAGAAGAAGAGUUGUUUUCGAAACCAGCCCACGCGUCAACGUACUAAGUGUAAUCAUUAUCAUCCGUAUCAUUCGUAAUUGUGUUUAGUGUACCCUAUCCCCCAUUUAUAUACCCACCACACCACCCCCAUAAUCUGAGGAGCGUACCGAAUAUAAGCUCCAUGGCGCUCAUCUACAAUAUAUAUGUAGUUACAGAUACAUACGUGAGAGCAUAUCAGGAUAUGCUGCCCUGCAUAUGCACGAUUACAUCUACUAUUCGAUUACGUUAAUUAUUAAUUAGCAGACACCCCUAGUUUCUCCAUCACUUUGAAUCGUAUUAUAUCGUACUAUAUUUUACCGUCGCUUAUAACGAAACAAAUGAUCAUACGCCUAUGCAUAUUUCUGUUAUUUAUUAAAUUCGCCUAAGAGAUUUUUGUGUUACUCGUAAAUGGAAACGAUAAACAUACAACAAACCGCAAAAAAAAAAAUUAAUUAAUAUAAAUCGUGAAUUGUGUAAUAUGUAAAAUUGUGUGAGAAAAUAUUUAAGAAAAUUUGAUUCAAAUACGAAACUUAAUAAAUGUGAUCGCAAGCAAA